GGGAGGAGGAAAAAAGGAGAAGAGGAGGAGGAAGGAGGAGGAAGGAGUCAGGAAUCAGCUGUCAAAAAAAAGUGGCAGAAGUGUAAGCAACGGAUCAGAAAGAGGAGGCAGCGUGUGUUGACUGUAUUUCGCUGUGACAAACGUGUUUCCAGAGAUGUCCAGAGCUGGUGUACAGGACUGACUGGUUGCCUGCCUGUGAGCUCUGACUGAACAGCCGCGAAGAUGCCUGCUGUAUCCACCGGGGUCAAAGAGCUGUAUCUGUCCACAUCUCUGGGUGACCUCAAUAAAAAGGCUGAAAUUAAGGCAGACAAGACGAGCACCAGAAGCUAUGUCCAGAGUGCCUGCAAAAUCUUCAAGGCGGCAGAGGAGUGUCGUCUGGACAGAGAUGAGGAGAAGUCUUAUGUCCUGUACAUGAAGUACUUGACAGUAUAUGACAUCAUCAAGAAAAGACCAGACUUCAAGCAGCAACCGGAGUAUUACAUGACCAUGCUUGGGCCAACCAGCUUUAAGAAAGCCAUCGAAGAAGCCGAGAAGCUCUCUGAAAGCCUUAAACUCAGGUAUGAGGAAGUUGAGGUUCGAAAAAAACUUGAGGAGAAGGAGAGACAAGAGGAGAAGAAAAGGAAGGAGGAAAUAACAGAGAAAGAAGGUGGUCGAGGCUCUCCAAAAGUAUCAUCAGCAAACAAGAAGGACAGCAAAAAGGUAAAAGGAGAACAGAAUGAUCUGAAGAAUGCAACCUCAAAAGCUGUGGUGCCAGCUGGUGGGAUCACAGCUGAGAAACUUUUCAACAUGAUGAAGGACCAGACGAUUACAAUAAUUGUCAUGGACGCCCGCAGCCACAGAGACUUUGAGGAGUCUCACAUUCAGGUCCCAGCCCAGACCUGCAUCUGUGUGCCUGAGGAGGCCGUUACCCCAGGAAUCACUGUGACUCAGAUUGAGGCAAAGCUGCCGGAUGUGUCCAAAGAACAUUGGAGACAACGUGGAUUUGUGGAUUAUAUAGUCCUGCUGGACUGGUUCAGUUCUGUCACUGACCUUACACUGGGCACCACCUUGCAGAGCCUCAAAGAUGCCCUCUAUAAGUGGGACAGUAUCACCAUCCUGCGCAGUGAACCGCUGGUGCUGGAGGGAGGCUACGAGAACUGGCUGCUGUUUUACCCCAUGUACACAACCAACGCUAAAGUUCGGCCACCUAGACAGAAUAUCACUAACACCCUCCCUCUGUUGAACUUUAGCUACCCAUCCCUAGAGGAACCAAAGCCUCCGACCCCACCUCAACCAGAGCCAGAGGAUACACCUGAGCCUCAGGAAGUCUUUGCUCCUGUGCAGGUGAACGGGGUUGCACCCGCAGAACCCCCCAUGUCUAAAACUUCUAUGGUUACUGACAGGUUGCCAGACACUGUCAAUUACCCUGUCACAGGCUCCACAAAUUCUUUGCUAGACCUUAAUAAGAAGGGCCCUGCGGCAGGCAUAUCCAGCCAGUCGCCUACAACAGCCAAGGCCUUCCCACAGUUUGACCGUACCAAGAAACCCUCCGUCCGGGUGUCGGACGAGCCUAAGCCCAACCAGAAUGGGUCAGCGAAGGAAUCCACACAGAACGGCCCAGUUGUCCCUGACCGCUCAGUCAAACCACCCUACUCCUCCAACGCGUCUCUGUCGAAAGAAGAGCAAAGUCAAAUACACUCUGAGGCGGUGGCAGUGAUGGAGAAGGCGAGGCAAGAGCAGGAGAAACGCAUGCAGGAACGUCGUUUAGAGGAGGAGAGGCGGGAGAAGGAAGAGGAGGACAAAGGACAUCAGGACAAAAAGAGACUUGAGAGGCAGAAGGCGGAAGAAGAGGAAGACAAAGAGAACCGGGUGUGGGAGGAGAAAGAGAGGAAGGGAAAGGAGCAGAACUCUGAUACACCCUCGAAGAGUAUGUCUCUGGACUCGCCUGCUCCCAACCAUAUUGUUAGUGAAAUUAAGAGGGAGCCCCUGACUCGAGCAAGGAGUGAGGAGAUGGGUAGGAGUGUACCAGGCCUUCCAGACGGUUGGAUGAAGUUCCUUGACAUAGUAACAGGGACCUACCGAUACUACCAUUCCCCAACAAACCGUGUUCACCUGUACCCCCCUGAAGUCACCGUUCCCCAGACCCCACCCUCUACACCGCCAACAGUCAAGCAGAAACCACCACAACCAGCUGAGCCGGACGCCAACCGUGAACGAGAGCGGGAGCAGUCCAAACUGAAACGCUCCUACUCCUCCCCUGAUAUCAGCCAGGAUCUGAGAGAGGAGGCCCAGAAGAAGGCCACUGCCCCGACCACUGCUGCUGUCAUACCCACCAUCAACAGGGAGACCAAACCUGCCACUGCUAAAGUCUAUUCUAAAGUGGAGAUUGUGCGACCUUCGGCUGCCAAAAUUCGCAACCUGAAUCCUACGUUUGGAGGUCUAGGUGCAUCACUGACUGGCCUUCGUAACAUGGGCAACACGUGCUACAUGAACUCCAUCUUGCAGUGUCUGUGUAACACUCCUGCCCUGGCUGAGUACUUCAACAACAAUUAUUACAUGGAGGACAUCAACAGGUACAACGUCCUUGGUCAUAAAGGGGAGGUGGCAGAGGAGUUUGGUGUCAUCAUGAAGGCCCUGUGGUCCGGUCUGUACAAGUGCAUCAGCCCGCGGGACUUCAAGAUCACCAUAGGCAAGAUCAAUGAUCAGUUUGCUGGCUAUGACCAGCAAGACUCCCAGGAGCUGCUGCUGUUCCUCAUGGAUGGACUCCAUGAGGACCUCAACAAGAGAGCGGACAACAGGAAGCGGUACAAGGAGGAGGAAAACGACCAUCUGGAUGAUCAGAUGGCUGCCGACCUGGCCUGGAGCAAACACAAACUGCUGAACGAGUCCAUCAUUGUAGCGCUGUUCCAGGGACAGUUCAAGUCCACUGUGCAGUGUCUGACCUGCCAUCGCAAGUCACGGACAUUUGAGACCUUUAUGUACCUGUCGCUGCCUCUGGCCUCCACCAGCAAGUGCUCCCUGCAGGAUUGUCUGAGACUGUUCUCUAAGGAAGAGAAGCUGACUGACAACAACAAGGUCUUCUGCAGACACUGCAAGGCACACAGAGAUUCUACAAAGAAACUAGAGAUCUGGAAGGUCCCACCCAUUCUGCUGGUGCACUUAAAACGAUUCUCCUAUGAGGGUAGAUGGAAGCAGAAGCUGCAGACGUUUGUGGACUUCUCUUUAGACAAUCUGGACCUGGCCCAGUAUGUCAUUGGACCCAAACAGAACCUGAAGAAAUACAGCCUUUAUGGAGUUUCAAACCACUACGGGGGCCUGGAUGGCGGCCAUUACACAGCCUACUGUAAGAAUGCUCUCAAACAGCGCUGGUACAAGUUUGAUGACCACGAGGUGUCUGAAAUCUCCACCUCUUCCGUGAAGUCCUCCGCUGCCUACAUCCUGUUUUACUCCACGCUGUGAUCGAGCUGUAGGACACAAAGAGGGAACACUCCAUCAGGGCAGCGACACUAAAGCCUAGAGGUUGUUUUUUUUCUUUUUAAAAUCACAGCUCUGAGGACAUGGCGCACGUAGUUGCGGGGUAACUAGUGGUGUAUGCGCACGCGAGGACGCUCUGAAAGAGUCUAUGAGAUCCCGUCUGUCGCAGAACGGAGAAAAGUGCAGGCACACUGUGCAAUGCUUCAGCUACUAGAGGACCCUAUACCUAUUAAAACAUGCUGUCUGUUCGUAUUACUGAUAAUCUAGAGACUAAACAGAUGCUCCUUUUACUCUGAUUUCUAUACCUUUAUGGUUGUGUUGUAGGGUUGACAGCUGAUUCAGAUGCUCUUCACUGUCAUUUCUGUUGCACUCAGUGUGGAUGGCCGUAUUGCAGAACUGAUCUUCAGCUUUCUUGUACUGGGUAUACACCAGGGUUAACAGUUAGAUGCCAUGUACAUACUUACCAAUGCUGAUGUUGCACAUACAAAAAUGUAAAUACUCGAGGGCAAGGUAUCUGUUAAGUGACCAAAUCAUUAUUUCUUUAUAUUCUUGAAAGUAGCAACCAUCGUCGUAUCACCAUAUUCAUAAAGACAAACCAUGUGUUUUAGGGGUUUAACUCUAUAGCCUUCUGAUGUUUAACAUGAUCUUAACGGUGAUGGAACAGACUGUGUGUUGAAUUUUGCAUUCUUCUUAAAGAGAACAGGGAACUGAAAUUGUUGCUUGUCCAUAUUAACCACAUUCUUGCACUUACACAAUAUGCAAUCAAUUUAAGUUGUUUAUGUAGAACACAUUGUUUAACAGCAGACAUUAGUACGCGACUCAGAAUGCUCUAAAGUGAUACUGAUGCUGAGAUCUUGUCUGUCUUGCUCGGUUCAGCCAGUGACCGAAGAACUUACCUGCUCCUAUAAAGUUUGUUGUAGAAUGUAUUCUAUGUUAAACAUACUUAACUCUUUACAUUAUUAUAUUCAAACACAAAAAAAACUAUUUUUAAAGGACAAAUUAUUGGCAUAACUUUCUUGGCUUAUACCAGUGAUGUUUCUAAGAGGCUGGAAUUUUGAUUUAUCGGAUUCAUCUUAUUUCUGUAUUCUGUGACCUGGUACAAUAUGAAGAGAAGAGAAAUUCACUUUAACAAGUGCGCUAGUGUCAACAUUUGCUGCCUGACUCACUGACCGACAAACUGACGAGAGCAAGCACAAAGUAUUCUGAUGUGGUGUUUUUUUCUUUUUUUUUUUUUUUUUGAAUGGACCAGAGAUCCGAGGUGGCAGGAUUU